AUGGAUAAAUCUUGGAUGCAUAUUGAAGAUAGAUUGCGGUCCCAUGAAUAUGCUGAAGGAGUUAAUCAUUUCUUAUCAAUGGCUCAAUCCAUUGCUCCUUCCAGUGACUCCAUUAGGUGUCCUUGUCGGGACUGUCGUAAUAACUUCUUCCAGCCAUUUACUGUUGUGAGGGAUCAUCUAUUUUUGAGAGGGAUUGAUAGAAGUUAUACUCAAUGGAUAUUUCAUGGAGAAGAUGAUCCUUUUCAUGCCAACCGGUCAGACGAUCCGGAUGAUGGAGAUGAUACUGGAGAGUACAUUGAUGACGUCGAUGAGAUGUUAGAUGACAUUCGGGUGGGAUCCUUCGUGGAUGAUAUUACCGGUUUAAAUGCAAGUGGCAGUGAUGAUGAUAAUGCACAGCCCAACGUUGGGACUUCUAGACACCAUACGUUUGAACAGUACGUCGAGGAUGCACGACGUCCACUAUAUCCUUCGUGUACAACCUACUCAAAGCUAUCAUUUAUAGUGAAGUUGCUUCACAUCAAGACAAUUGGGGGUUGGAACGUGAAGUCAUUUAACAUGGUGCUAAAGCUAUUGAAGUCUGCAUUCCCAACUGCUCUCUUGCCUGAAGACUAUAAUGAUGCACGUCAGCUAGAGUGUGGGUUGGGAUUUAGUUACACCAAAAUCCAUGUAUGCCCAAAUGACUGUAUGUUGUUUUGGAAAGAUGAUGAAGACAAAGAUGAAUGCCGUAAAUGCAACGCAUCUAGGUGGAUCUCAAUGACGAGUAAACACCGGGUACCUCAGAAAGUGAUGCGUUAUUUUCCAUUGAAGCCUAGGUUGCAACGCCUUUAUCUAUCAAAGAAGACAGCAGAAGCCAUGCGAUGGCAUAAAGAGGGCCGUAUCGAUGAUUCGAACUGUAUGAGGCAUCCAGCUGAUUCCAAAGUUUGGAAAGAUUUUGACAGGAAAUAUGAUUGGUUUGCCAAAGAUUCUCGUAAUGUCCGUCUUGGACUGGCGAGUGAUGGGUUCAACCCGUUCAAUAACAUGAGCAAGCCCUAUAGUAUAUGGCCAGUAAUACUUCUACCUUAUAACUUGCCACCUUGGUCUUGCAUGAAAGACCCAUACUUUAUGUUGACCUGCUUGAUACCUGGUCCUAAAUCACCAGGAAAUGAUAUCGAUGUCUUCCUGCGUCCUUUAGUUGAUGAGUUGAAAGAAUUAUGGGAGGUUGGUAUUGAGACAUAUGAUGCAUUCAGUUAUGAUGUUUUCCGAUUACAUGCAUCUUUACUUUGGACUAUAAAUGACUUUCCUGCAUAUGCCAAUCUUUCUGGGUGGAGCACGAAGGGGAAGUUGGCUUGUCCUGUGUGCAAUGUUGAUACCGAUUCUAUGUGGUUGGCGUAUGGGCGUAAACAUUGUUAUAUGGGCCACCGUCGAUGGUUGGCCUUGGACCACCCUUGGAGAAAGAAAAAACGUGCUUUCAAUGGUGCCAACGAGGUUCGGAUUCAACCAGCAAAUCUUUUGGCCCAAGCUAUAUUUGAAUCAUUAUCCAUGGUCCCGAAUGUGCAAUUCGGGAAAAGUUCACGGAAGAGGAAACGGGCACCACAAGAAUUAAAUUGGACAAAGAAAAGCAUCUUCUUCGAUCUCCCAUACUGGCAAGAAUUAGAGUUGAGGCAUAACCUAGAUGUAAUGCAUAUUGAGAAAAACAUAUGUGAUAGUGUGUUGGGCACCUUGCUGAGUAUUGACGGAAAGAGUAAGGACACUGCGAAUUCAGGAAUGAAAAGUCAUGACUGCCACAUUUUCCUCCAACGGUUGCUUCUGGUCGUGAUUGGUGGUUAUCUGCGGCCGGACAUUCGGCUAGCUUUGAUCGAGCUAUGUACAUUUUUUAAAGAAUUGUGUGCUCGAACAUUGACUUAUGAAUCAUUGCAUCGGCUUCAGGCAGAAAUUUCUAUCAUACUAUGUAAACUUGAGAUGAUCUUCCCACCUGCAUUUUUUGAUAUAAUGGUGCACCUCGCAAUUCAUUUACCGGACGAGGCAUUGCUUGCUGGACCAGUGCAAUAUAGGUGGAUGUAUCCUUUUGAGAGGUACCUAGGGAAGUUCAAACGUUACGUCCGGAACAAAGCCCGCCCAGAGGGCUCAAUUGCCGAAGCAUAUGUUCAUGUUGAGUGUUUGACGUUUUGCUCAAUGUAUCUCAAUGACAUUGAGACCAGAUAUCAACGGUUUGAAAGAAACGCAGACCUUCCAGAACAGAGUAAUGAAGAAUUUUUUUCUGUAUUCUCACAAAAGAUUCGAGAGAAGCGUGCAAUGGAUCCAACCAGUGUACGAGAUGAAAUAUAUGCACUUGCAUGUGGUCCCGACAAGUGGGUUGCGUCAUACGCUGGUUGCAUAAUGAAUGGAAUUAGGUUUCAAACAAAGGAUCGAGAGAGGCACCGGCGAACGCAAAAUAGCGGUUUGGUUGUCCGAGGUGAACAUCAAUCAAAUCCCAUAGACUUCUAUGGGGUGUUGAAUGAUAUCAUAGAAUUACGAUAUAUAGGUUGGCGUAAGGUGUAUUUGUUUCAUUGUGAUUGGUGGGAUGUUGGUGAUAAGCGAAGAGGGAUUCGCGUUGGGGACCAUCUAACCAGCCUGAACACGUCUAGAACAUGGUAUAAAGAUGAGCCUUUUGCUCUUGCUUGCCAAGCGCAGCAAGUGUUUUAUGUAAAAGACGUGAGUGUGGCGGGUAGUUGGUAUGUGGUCCAUAAGAUAACGAAUAGAAAUGUAUACAACAUCCCUUUAGUAUCAGCAGCUGAGGUGGCAGAUGAUGGUGCCGAUUCUGGUGAGGAUGACGCUUUACAGGAGGAUGAAAACAUCCCGACAAACGUGCCGUAUGCCCAAAGCAGUGACCUAGACUUGAUGACCCCGUUGAAUAGGGUAGAUGAAGAACCAUUGCUGCUUGACCCUUCGAUCAUGCUAGAACAGCAACCAUCUGAACUACCUGACCACGAGGAAUACGUCGAGGAUGCCGAAGGAGUUGAUGAUGAGCUGGGAGUUGACGAUGCCUCCACUAAUAGUGCGGACAGCGAAGAAGACAGUAUUGCAGAAGCCGAUUAG